GUCCCAAGGCCUGUGCCUGUGCGGGACGAGGCCGGCGACUGCGCCAGAGACAGCGCCAUCGGGGUCCUCAGAGGACCGCGGACCAGCGGCGGACAAGGAGGGCCCCACCCGCGCCGACCAACAGGGCGCAGCAGGGCGCAGCCGGAGCAGGGCCUCGACGGCGCAUAAAUUAAAUCAGAAUGGAUAUCGAUCAAGCGCUGGAAAGGACAAUCUUCCGGAAAUGGGGUCGAUACCAGUCUUUCACCUUCCUACUUAUAUCAGUGCCGUACAUCUUCCAGGCGCUCUUCUACCUCUCAUACGUGUUUACCACAAUACAGUCUGACUACAGGUGUUACAUCCCCGAAUGCGAGACGCUGGACUCCGCCGAAAUGUACCCACGCUGGUUGCAGUCGGCAGUGCCCUACGUCGAUGGCGCGCCUGACCGCUGCCGCCGCUACGUCCCGCUGGGAAGAACCGGAACUCCAACCGGAUCUGCAACGGGACCGGGGACCGGAAGGUCACCCGGGUGCCACAUCGCGUUCAGCAACGUGUCGGAGUACUGCGGGCAGUACAUGUACCCCAACAGGGACCUGUCCAUCAUGACAGAGUGGGACCUGACGACGUGCGAAACCGACAACGCGUGGAAGCUGACUCUGGUAGGGACGCUCAACAACUUUGGACGCAUCAUCGGGGUGCCGCUGUCGGGCUGCUUCUCGGACAAGUUCGGCCGGCGCACCCUCAUGCUGGCGGGGCUCAGCGUCGCGGGCGUCAUCGGCAUCAUCAUGUCGUUCUCCACCAACUACGCCAUGUACGCCGUGCUCGAGUUCUUCAACCCCAUGUUCUACGACGGCGUGUCCGGGGCCGCCUUCAUCAUGGGCAUGGAGCUGCUGCCCCCGCGGAUGCGCGGCGGCUGGAGCGCGUACAGCCACGUGGUGUGGGGGCUGGGGCUGGCGGGGCUGGGCGGCAUCGCGUGGGGCAUGCCGUACUGGCGCUGGCUGCUGCGCCUCAGCUACUGCAUCGGCCUGGCCAGCCUGUCCGUGCUCUGGAUGGUGCCCGAGUCGCUGCACUGGCUGGUGGCGCGCGGCCGCACCAAGGAGGCGUGCGACAUGAUCCGGCGGGCGGCGCGCACCAACCGCCACGCCUCGGCCGAGCUGCACCUGGACAAGAUCGAGCAGGAGCAGCUCGCCAAGGCGGAGCAGAUGCGCCUGGCCGAGCACGCGCCCGAGAACAGGGCCUUCUCGCAGGAGCUCAAGAAGCUGCUGCGCACGCGCAUCCUCGUGCUCAGGCUCAUCAACUGCUGCGUCUGCUGGAUCGUGAACCUGUUCGUGUACGAGGGCCUCUCCAUCUACUCGGUGCACCUGUCGGGUGACCGCUACCUCAACUUCGUGCUCGUCGUCCUGGUGGAGAUCCCCGGCGCGCUGCUGGCGUGGAGGUUCAUGAACCGGUUCGGGCGCAGGAUCACCCUGUGCGUGUUCCUGAUCAUCACCUCCGUGUGCUGCUUCUCCUACCACUUCAUCCCGAGCGGUGAGGAAGCCUCGCCCUGGCCGCGCACGCUCGCCGUCAUGCUGGCCAAGCUGAGCGUGACCGUGUCCUUUACCGUCAUCUACGUGGUGGCGGCCGAGAUGUUCCCCACCAAGGUGCGGCACUCCCUGUACGCCUUCACGUCCACGCUCGGCCACCUGGGCUCCAUGCUGGCACCGCAGACGCCGCUCCUGGGCCGCUACAUGCACUCCCUGCCCAUGAUCGUGUUCGGCUGCGCCACGCUCGCCAACAGCGUCCUGGCCGUCUGCUUCCCCGAGACGAGCAAGACCAGCCUGCCCGACACGGUGGAGGACGCCGCCAAGCUCGGUACCGAGCAGGCCAAGACGGCCGACAUCGGGGAGGAGGAGGAGGCGUGAGGGUGAGGACGGGGACCUGCUGCGAUAACGUAAUUUAAGUUUGUGUUUUUUAUCAGUUAUGAACUAGGUUAAGACGAUAGAUACCAAAAAUCCGACCAAAACUGGUCAGAACAAAAACCAAAGCGAAAACCAACCGAUCAUGAUUAUCAAUGCCAUCGUAAGAAAUUAUUAAUUAAUGUAAUUUUUCGGGUGCCAACCUAUUUUCUCAUUGAACUUGUAAUCCAAUACGGGAAAUUUUCUCGUACUUGCGGCUGUGAUGAAUAAACUCCGAUUUUGAGAAAAAAAGAAA